AUAAAUGAGAACGAAAUCAGAGUCGACUUCUUCUCUGCAUGCCACACCAGUGACUUGCACGCGAGAUCUUCUCACUUGAUAACAACCAACCAACAACCUUACUAGUCCCUGCCUUCUCUUCUCUCCUUACUCACCUCAACAUCGCUACUCUCACGACCCCAGACGAAAAACCCCUGCCACACUCAGAAAUGGCGACCGGGCACCCCCUCUACAAAACAAAAUACUCCCUCUCCCUCCCUGAUCCAAUGAUACCGCAGCCAAGACACCAUACCGUGCUCUUCGUCCCUCUCACCUCAUCCUCCGACUCACCCGGCACCAUCCAUCAUGUAAUCGGCAACCUCGUCUCAGGAAUGGCAUACGCCUCCCGCUCAGAGCCGCCACCAGAGGAAAAUGAGAUGUUCUUUAGUCGAGAAUUGUUAGGAUCCGUGUCGACGGAUGACUAUCCAAAGAAAGCUGAAAAGACACUUAGGGAAGUGCCCGUGCCUCCGGUACAGAGGAAGUUUAGGUGGAAACGAUGAAGAUUGAACGGAUCAAGAGUGAUGGUACUUUCCGUAAGGAAGGAGAGGCGAGGGAUAGAGUGUGAAAGUGUACAGAGUGGAUCGAGGAGUUUGUCAUCCCCAAACUUCGUUCAGUAGGAUUGUUGAAGUUGAAGGAGGCGGAGAGUGGAGGUGGACAAUAACAGGUUGGGGGGCGCAAUAUGACCACUGUGGAUGAAGC